GCUUUCUCUACUUGGCCUAUAUUCCUUUUCCAUUAUCAACCUCACAACUCAUCACAAAACAGAAUACACCUCAAUUCUUCUCUCAUCUUCUCGAAAAUAAAAACCCUUAAUUAUCAAUUUUCAUUAGAAAAUUUGUUUUAUCAUUAUUAUUAUUAUUAUCAUGGCUCAAAGAAUAGAAAACGAAGAAACUGAAUUCAAAGUACCUGAAUCGAUUUCUCUUUGCAUCAACAACUGCGGCGUAAUCGGUAAUCCUUCAACGAACAAUAUGUGUCAAAAUUGCUUCACCGCUUCAACCGCUACCACUUCUUCCACCGUCGGGAUAACCGGAGCCGGUUUAACCGGGACCGGAAUCGGACCUCAAUCUUCCAGAUCUGUUAGAUCUCCGAAGAGAUCUCUACCGGAGGAAUCGUCAACGGUUGUUACGGAUCGGAGUUCGUUAGAUAAACCGAUGGUUUCCGAGGCGAAGCGUGUUGUUAGCCGAUGCUCCGGUUGCCGGAGGAAGGUAGGGUUGACCGGAUUCCGAUGCCGAUGCGGUGAUCUUUUCUGCUCUGAACAUCGUUACUCCGAUCGUCAUGAUUGUAGCUAUGAUUAUAAAAGUGCUGGAAGAGAAGCUAUUGCGAGGGAGAAUCCGGUUAUCAGAGCAGCGAAAAUCGUUAAGGUUUGAAAAUUCUGAAAAUCUGAAUCUGGAGAAGAUGAAGAAGAAGAUGAAGAAAUGAUUGAAAACGUGAAAUUCUGGAAUGAAGAAAUGAAACUAUUUGACCCGGUUCUUAUCUUAUUGACCGGGUUCGGGUCACACGUGUUUAUUUUAAUUUAUUUUAUUUACUUUUCCAGAUUUUAUUGUUAUAAAUAGGAGAAAAUCGUUAACUUAAGAUAGUUAUUAAGAGAGGUUGUGUACUGUGUAACGUUACUGAAAAAUGAAGAAUCUGAAUUUCUGUGUUUGAUCA